UAGGCGGGUUCUCGGCCCGAGUGCCCGGCGCUCCGCCAUCCGGGAGUCCUCCCCCGGGUGGCUGCUGACCGGGCGUCUACCUCGGCUGAUGCUGGGUCCCUGAGGCCUCCGUCUGGCUCGGCUGAACACCGGUCGCCGGACCCUAUGUCCAUGGUGCGGGGACGUUCUCAUAUCGGUGGGCUGAACUGUCCAGGGCAAGGCCGCGGCCGGUUCGUUUCCUAGGGAAUACUGGAGGCCCAAGUGAGGUCAGAUGGGCAGCACGGAUGACUGGCACAGGGUCUUUGCCCAGAACAGGCUCGUCCCUCCCCACCCACAGAGAGCACGCCAGCUUUGGAAGGAGUCCACGGCAUUUCAGUGCAUCCUGAAGUGGCUUGAUGGGCCGCUAAUUAAGCAGGGGGUGCUGGACAUAUCAGAGGUUGAAUGCCAUCUUCGAGUGUCUCUCUUUGAUGUUACCUACCGACACUUCUUUGGGAGGACAUGGAGAACCACGGUGCAGCCAACCAUGCAGCUCUCUAGGCAGCCACCCAGGAUUGUCUUCAAUGAGCCCUUCUACUUUCACACGUCCUUGAACCACCCGAAUAUUGUGGCUGUGGUAGAAGUGGUCACUGAAGGCAGGAAGCGGGAUGACACUCUCCAGAUGCUGUCAUGUGGGUUUGGAAUUCUGCGGAUCUUCAGCAAUAAGCCAGAAUCCCCCGAGUCUGCUUCUCAGGACAAACGGUUGAGACUGUACCAUGGCACGCCCAGAGCCCUUCUGCACCCGCUCCUUCAGGACCCUGUGGAACAGAAUAAGCACAUGACCCCGAUGGAGAACUGCAGCCUGCAGUACACGUUGAAGCCACACCCACCCUUGGAGCCUGCCUUCCACCUGCUCCCCCAGAACCUCCUGGUGUCAGGUCUGCAGCAGAUCCCCGGCCUCCUUCCACCCCACGGGGAAACUGACGAUAUCCUGCGGAAGCCUCGCUUUCAGAAGCCCACCACGUGGUACUUGGAUGACCUCUUCUUCAACUUGUACCCCUCCCUGGAGAAGUUUGAGGAGGAGCUUCUGGAACUGCUCAUCAGCGACCACUUCCGGGAGGGAGGUUGCAUGCUGGAUGGUGGCACCCUCGAGGUCCUGGAGCGGCGCCUACACGUGUGUGUACACAAUGGACUGGGCUUCGUGCAGAGGCCACAGGUGGUUGUACUCGUGCCCGAGAUGGAUGUGGCCUUGACGCGUUCAGCCAGCUUCAGCAAGAGAGUCAGCAUCUCCUCCAAGAGCAGCAGCUCUGGAAAUCAGGCUCUGGUUUUGAGAAGCCGCCUGCGACUCCCUGAGAUGGUCAGUCACCCUGCGUUUGCCAUUGUCUUCCAGCUGGAGUACGUGUUCCACAGCUCUUCAGGAGCCGACGGCAGUGCAGCUUCGGCCACCUCUCUGUCCAACUUGGCAUGCAUGUACAUGGUUCGCUGGGCUGUUUGGAACCCUGUGCCGGAAGCCACCUCAGGAAAGGUGACCUUGCCUCUGCAGGGCGGGAUCUGCCCCAGCCCUGCGCACUGCCUGGUCUAUAAGGUGCCUUCAGCCAGCAUGAGCUCAGAGGAGGUGAAGCAGCUGGAGUCGGGGACCAUCCAGUUCCAGUUCUCACUAAGCAUGGACACCCCCACAGAGCAUGCCAAUGGCCCCAGGGCAGAACGGCGGUCCUUUAGGAAGCCACCCAUGUCCCCUCCAGGUCCAUCAACACUAUCACCCCAGGGUCUUGCUGCCACUCAGGACUCGCCUGUGGGACCAGGGCUGUCACUAUCCCAGCUGGCUGCCUCCCCUAAGUCCCCAGCUCUGCAUGGCUCUGCCAAGCCUGCUCUUCGGCCUCCAGACAGCUCCCAGCCCCAGGCACAGGAGUCCCUGUUGGAGGGCAGGGUCUCUCACUUGGAAGCUGACCUCAGCCAGACUUCUUUGGUCCUGGGAAGCACGGCUGGCGAGCAUCUGCAAGAGCUACCCUUCACCCCUUUGCAUGCUCCCAUUGUCAUGGGAGCCCAGACCAAGAGUUCUGGAAGCCAACUCUCAAGAGCUGAGAUGGCUGUCUUACAGUCUUCAGGCUUCCCUGAGAUUCUGGAUGGCAACCAGCAGCCAGCAGAAGCCAUCAAUCCCACAGACCCUGUGAGGUUCAACCCUCAGAAGGAAGAGUCCGAUUGUCUGCAAGGCAACGAGAUCGUGCUGCAGUUCCUCGCUUUCAGCAGAGCAUCCCAGGACUCCGAAGCAGCACCGUGGCCAGAGACUGUGUACCUCACCUUCCAGUUCUACCGUUUCCCCCCUGAGACAACGCCACGGCUGCAGCUGCUCAAGCUGGAGGGGACAGGGAAGACCAGCUCUGGCUUCUUGUCCCACAUCCUGGUUCCCAUUAAUAAAGAUGGCUGUGCUGACCCUGGGUCUCCUGGCUUGCAGCUGAGGUACACCGUGGGCCCUGGGUUCCUGAAGCCAGGCGAGCGGCACUGGUUCAUCCACUACCUGGCUGUGCAGACCCUGCAGGUCGACGUCUGGGAUGGAGACUCCUUGCUCCUCAUUGGAUCUGCUGUUGUCCCGAUGAAGCACCUCCUCCGCCAAGGGCGGCCAGCCGUGCAGGUCUCCCACGAGCUGGAGGUCGUGGCCACUGAGUACGAACAGGAAACAGCUGUGAUGAGUGGAGAUGUGACUGGCUUCGGCAGUGUCAAGCCCAUUGGAGUUCACACGGUGGUGAAGGGCCGGCUGCAUCUGACUUUGGCCAACGUGGGUCACACAUGUGAACAGAAAGCAAGAGGUUCCAGAUCACUGCCACCAUCCAGGUCUCGGGUCAUCUCAAACGAUGGAGCCAGCUUCUUCUCUGGGGGCAGUCUCCUUACUCCAGGAAGUCCCAGACGAAAACGUGUGGUCCAAGCACAGAAGCUAGCUGAUGUGGACAGCGAACUGGCUGCCAUGCUGCUGACCCACACUCGGGCGGGCCCCAGGCCCCAGAGUGCAGAGGGCGACACAGAUGCUGUCCAUAGGCGCAAGCUGGAGAGGAUGAGGUCGGUGCGCCUGCGGGAAUCUGGAGGGGACUCUGCCAGCCGCAGGACCAGCUUGCUGGUGCAGCAGAGUAUUCGUGCACAGCACUCACGUGACCUGCAGGUCAUUGAUGCCUACCGAGAGCGCACCAAGGCUGAGAACAUCGCCAAUAUGCUGAGCCGAACCAUCACCACACACCACACGCUGUAUGCAACCCUUGGCACUGCUGAGUUCUUCGAGUUUGCACUUAAGAAUCCAUACAACACACAACACACAGUGGCCAUUGAGAUCGACAACCCUGAGCUCAGCAUCAUCCUGGACAGUCAGGAGUGGAGGUACUUCAAGCAGGCCACUGGCCUGCACACACCGCUGGAGGAAGACAUGUUCCAUGUGCGUGACGGCCUGGCCCCCCAGCUCUACCUACGCCCCCGGGAGACUGCUCACAUCCCCUUCAAGUAUCAGAGCUUCUCUUCAGGCUCACCCAAUCUGAUGGCGCUAAAGCAGGCCCCUGCUGAGCUGAGCCCAGAGAAGGACACAGAAUCUAGAUCACUUUGGAAGUACAGCGCCAUGCCCACGAAACAUGCCAAGAUCCUGUUCCGGGCAGGCAGCGGCCAGCCCAUUGCUGUGCUGUGUCUGACGGUGGAGACCCAGCCUCACGUGGUGGACCAGGUCUUCCGCUUCUACCACCCGGAGCUCACCUUUCUGAAGAAGGCCAUCCGCCUGCCUCCCUGGCACACGAUUCCAGGUGCUCCUGUAGGGAUGCCUGGCAAGGAGCCUCCAGUCCAUGUUCGAUGCAGUGACCCAGAUGUCAUCUGUGAGGUCCAGAACAUGGGCCCUAGGGAGCCACAAGAUGUGUUUCUGAAGGUGGCCAGUGGUCCAAGCCCAGAGGUCAGAGACUUCUUUGUCGUCAUCUAUGCGGAUCGCUGGUUGGCAGUACCUGUGCAGACAUGGCAGGUCUGCCUCCACUCACUGCAGCGUGUGGACGUCUCGUGUGUAGCGGGCCAGCUAACCCGUCUGUCCCUUGUCCUUCGGGGGACCCAGACAGUUAGGAAAGUGAGAGCCUUCACUUCCCAUCCCCAGGAGCUGAAGACAGAGCCUGCAGGCAUCUUUGUGCUGCCACCACAUGGUGUACAAGACCUGCAUGUGGGUGUGAGGCCACGGAAGGCUGGCAACCGCUUCGUCCAUCUCAACCUGGUCGACGUGGACUACCACCAGCUGGUGGCCUCAUGGCUUGUGUGCCUCUCCUGCCGCCAGCCACUCAUUUCUAAGGCGUUUGAGAUCACGAUGGUGGCAGGUGAAGGGAAGAGCUCCAACAAGCGGAUCACCUACACUAACCCCUACCCCUCCCGGAGGACUUACCACCUGCACAGCGACCACCCUGACCUGCUGCGGUUCAAGGAGGACUCCUUCCAGGUCGCUGGAGGGGAGACUUACACCAUUGGCCUUCAAUUUGCACCAAGUAGCUGCUCUGGGCAGGAGGAGAUCCUGAUCUACAUCAAUGACCACGAGGAUAAGAACGAGGAGACAUUUUGCGUGAAGGUCAUCUACCAGUGAAGGACAGUGCACGUCCCAGGGAAUGCCUCCCUGUAGACUGCUUUUCCCAGCCUCGUUGCAGCUGUGUCCCCAGGACCAGCCUGGAUGGCCAGUGACCUUGGCUGAUGGGGGAGGGGCUGUGUCCCUGGUCACUGUAUAAUGCCUGUGUCCAGCUAAGCUGUGCCAACACCAGUGAGGACACAAGGUGGAUUCGAGGUGUGAGUGUGAACUUGGGGUGGCAGCCAUGGCCUUGCUCUGCCUGGAGAGUACAUGCUCUCAAGUUGCCUCUGCAGCUCACAGGUUGUCUCCAUCUAUAACAUUCUGAUUUGCUUUUCACAGUAUGUAUUUUAUGAAUCAUUUAUAAUGAUAAAAUUAUGUUUUUUACUAGCUUUUAUACAAACAUAAUAUUAA